AUGACUUCGGUGGGUACACACGAACCUCUGCGUCAGCUUGAAGCUGAGCUAGAUGUGCAUCCUGCCAUCAUAUCGGCUUUAAUCCGCCGGACAAGGGCAUUGACCGCGCGACUCAUCGAUCGCGACAUCGACGAAGCGAGGAUCACAGGGGCCGAAGGGCUGAUCGACCCCAACGUCGUUUCGGCUUUUCACGAGCUUGGUGGCGAUUUCGGUGAUGCAGUACCGUACGCACUGAUGGAAGCCCGAAAGACGUUCGAGCGCGAUGCUGAGAAACAGCCGCUGGACCAUGGCCUUAACAGGAAGAGGAUGAUUGCAUGCGAAACACUCGUCCAACGUCUCGUCGCCCACAUCGAGAGAAAUUCGUACGAAAAGCUCCCCACAAGCACGGGCAGCUACCACAUGUGCUUGACCAAGAAGUUUCGACGCUACGAGAGCGACGGCGAUAUCUCGCUGCCAACAUCAGCUCUGGAAGCUGCCAUCGAUCAAAAUUGCGUGCCAAUUCUGGCAUCGAUCGAAGCGAGGAGAGCCACGCAGGCCAUCUGGGACGGAUCACUUGUGCAGCAGUACUCGCAGCAGGGCUACACUUACUUCGUGCCCUACGACCGAAAGGACGACGGCGCCUUCCUGUCGCACUUCCAUCCUUCGCGAUUGGGUGUACCCAAAUACUCGUACAUCACCAACAUUAUCCUUUGGAUUUUCUUUUUGGCCAUUUUCACUGUACAAACGAGGACGCUCAAGUCCUUCGAUCUCUUCGAAGGUAUUUUGUGGGUGAUGGCUGCUGGCUAUCUGGUCGAGGAUGCCGCGCGUUGGGUCAAGAUGGGCGGAUUGGGCGCAAUCGAGUUUUGGACCGUGAUCGAUAUCUUCACCGAUGGACUGCUCUUGGUGUCGUUUUGCUUCCGCGUGGCUAGCUUUGUUGCCCACGGAAAAAAGGCGGACUCGUACGAGCUGCGGGCGUUCCAGUUCUUGGCGUGCGUUGCACCGCUCAUCUGGGUGCAGCUGCUCAAAGUGUUUGAUGGAUUUGUCUACUUCGGUACGCUGACGGUCAUCAUUCUGCGCAUGUUCAAAGAGAGUGCCAUCUUCUUCACGCUGCUGGCGUUAGUCAUGGUGGGCUUCGGCCACGCUUUUCUGGCGCUUGAUGCUGCCGACGAGUCUCGAGUGGAUAAUGUGUUGGUCAAGAUCGUCGACCUGCUGACCCAGUCGGUGUUGGGUGGGGCCGAUUUUGACCUGACUAGCGAGGAUGCGUUUGGUUAUCCAUACGGUCACAUCCUCUACUACGCAUACUGUUUUGUCACAGCGGUUAUUCUACUCAACAUUCUCAUCGCUUUCUUUGGCACGGCCUACAGCGAUGUAGUUGACUCAGCCGAUGAGGUAUACGCAGCCUUUUUCUGCCAGAAGGUGAUUGCGAUGGUGCGGGCGCCCGACCAAUUCGUCUACCUGCCUCCGUUCAACUUACUGGAAGCGUUUGUGAUCGCACCGCUGGAAUGGGUGACAUCGCACGAGACGUACGCCAGGAUCAAUCACACAGUACAGUCGGUACUGUUCGCGGUGCCACUGAUGUGGAUUGCAUUCUACGAGAGCCGAAUGGCACGGAAUGGAGGUUCGAUCCGACUACCGAUGCUGGAGACAGAGAUAAGCGAUCGGACGCACUCGCCGCUGAGUGGCACCGAUGAGGAUCCAAUCGUACCUGAGAUGGAGGGCAGCGGUGGACUGCAAAUUUCACGAACCAAGUUCGAGGACCUUGUCGGCAAGUUGCAGCGCUGA